CCACACUACAAAAAAGAUGUUAUUUUUUAUCAGUUGGCAAUUAAAAUUUGCACAUUCGAAAAUCAAUGUUUUGCAUGGAAUUCCAAAAUUAACUUACAAUCUACAAAAUAAGGUGCCACACAUAUUCAUCUUGAAUGGGGAACACAGUGUCAGCGGCCGAAUUGGCCGCGAAUCAAAUCGUCCACCACUCGAAUGAGCCACAACAAAAGCCCGACCACCACAAUUUCAAGGGUGAAAUUCCGCCAGAAUGUCCCAUGCACAAAAGUAAACCAGCUAGUCCUGUGGAGUCGGGAUGUCCGGUCCAAGGCGACGUUAACCCCCUCAACAUGAUGGGGCCAGCCAAUCAGGAACCUUCCCCUGGACAACCGUUCCCAUUAUCCAAAGAGAGACAAGUUUCUUCAAUACCAAAGGCUAUAGUUAAAGAAGGGGAGAGUCAGUUUUGGCUUUAUCCCAGUGCACAGAUGUUCUGGAAUGCAAUGUUAAGGAAAGGAUGGAGAUGGAAAGAUGAAGACAUCCAACAAAAAGAUAUGAAUGAUAUAAUCAAAAUCCAUAAUGCCAAUAAUGAACAGGCUUGGAGGGAAGUACUAAAAUGGGAAGCAUUACAUGCCAGUGAAUGCAUGGAUCCAAGAUUAAAGAGUUUCGGCGGUAAGGCUACAGAUUACAGUCCGAGAGCUCGUAUCAGACAAAUGAUGGGUUACGAAUUGCCAUUCGACCGUCAUGACUGGAUCGUAGAUCGUUGCGGCAAAGAGGUUCGAUAUGUUAUUGAUUAUUAUGAUGGAGGAUCAGUUGACAACAAGUUCCAGUUUGCGCUCCUCGAUGUGCGACCUGCUAUGGAUAGUUUUGAGAACAUAUGGGACAGGAUGAAAGUUGCAUGGUGGAGAUGGUUCUACGAAUAAGCGUGUGUUUGUAUGCUAACGAAAUUGUUAACUAGUUUAAAUAAACCAAUAUUUAUGUAUUUUAAUAA